AUGGCCGAUGAUGAAGAAGAAGUGGGUGAAGAAGAAAAUACGAAUAAUUUUGGCUCUUAUGAAGGUGAUCGUAAUGAAAAGCGUGAACGUCAUGGCUUUGGUAAAGCAACAUUAUCUAAUGGUGAUAUGUAUGAAGGGCAAUAUCAACAUGGGAAACGAUACGGAACUGGAACUUAUCGAUUUACAAAUGGAGCACGCUAUAUAGGUGAGUAUAUAAAAAAUAAACGGCAUGGUCAGGGAAUAUUUUAUUAUCCUGACGGAUCAAAGUAUGAAGGUGAAUGGAAUGACAAUGUACGAGAUGGCCAUGGAAUUUAUACCUAUCCAAAUAAUGAUACCUAUGAAGGUGAAUGGAGAAAUCAUCAAAGAGAAGGAACAGGAACUUAUACAUAUGCAGCGACAAAAGCACAAUAUACUGGUACUUGGAAUAACGGUAAACGACAAGGUUCAGGAGAAGUGCAAUUUAUAACAGUAAAAUUGAAUAUGCCGGAGUAUCCAGUUGAAUAUGAGCCCAAGGGCAAAGGCAAAUUUGUCUUCAAGAAUGGAUAUCAACAAAAUGGUGAAUAUCAUGUGACAACGACGAUGCCUGAAGAAGAUUCAGAUGCUCAACCUCAGGUGCAAUACAAAUGGCUGGCUCGUGAUGUUACUCCAAUUGAACAAACAAAACCGUAUGAUUUAGAUGAUGAACAAGCUGAAACGGAUGGAACACAAGACAACGAGAUUCUAAAUAGAAUGAAUAUCGACUCAGAUAAUAAUAGUCCUGAAUUUCAAUUAAAUACGGAAAUCGGCGAUACAGUUGAUGGCAAUGAAGAUAAUGAUGAAAAUCGACAAGAGAAUGAUGAAAUACCAGGUGAAGAAAUAUAUGAUGAAGAACCAUAG